AUGGGUUUACAGGUACGACCUGGAAUCCAAAUUUCAGUCAUCGCAAUAGAAGCAUCAAAUAUCACCAAGGCCAAAGAAAACACAGCAGGAAAACCAAUCAGUCUUGCUGAUGUUUCACCAGCUGAGCUUAUAGCCAUCACCCCACCAGGUGCUUCUGACAUCUACAUCAUGUUGCACCUCAUGCUGCUCCUCAAUCUCCUGGUCUUCAGGUUGACUCCUGCAGAUGCAUCAGUGUACUUGUAUGGGGAGGCACCUGACUUCUAUAGAGCAGAUGAUGCCACAGGUUAUGGGCCAGUGUUUGAGGAGCAGCCGGUGGAUACCAUCUAUCCCGAGGAGUCACCUGAGGCCAAAAUCACUAUGAACUGCCGUGCCAGAGCCAAACCACCUGCCAUAUACAAGUAA